CUUUCUUAUUAUUAGUCUAAAAAGAAUAAGAAUCUUGCCAAGCAUUUUUCACAUCAGAAAAAUUGUCUUAUUUUGAUGAAAUAUAUCUUAAUUUUUCUUAAUAAGAUUUACCAACUAAUAUCAAGUUAAAUUUAACUAGGUGUGGACAUAUUUUGCUAAAUAUUCCAGCAAUACGAUUAUCGUCCUUAUUUUAAGAUUGAGACCACUUCCACAACUUCUCAAUUUAAGAAUCUUAGGAAAUGACAGCAAUUUAUUUCAAACAUGAAAGUAUGCAGUUUGAUUAAGAACAAUUGUAUUCAACAGCCAAAUACAGCCAAAAACAUAAAAUGUCUAACUUUUCAAGUAUAUCUGAGCAACAGCUGUUGUAAUGACAGAAUAACAGUGCCUUUUACAAUGCAUCAGAUGAGGCUUUGUGCAGCUCAAUCACAUCCCUGAGGUAAUAUUUCAUUGGGACAUAGACUAUAUCCUUGUGAGUAAAGCUGUAAUAUGGAGUGAAAUCUACAAGGUUAUCAACAGAUACAAGCUCCGUUGCUUGCGCUAAGUUUGGGAUCUCGAUUUGAUAUGCCAUAUAAUCUCUAUCAUAACAAAUGGUGUUGUACGGCAUGAACUCAAAACAGUACAAUGAUGAAUUGAUCACAUAGAUAUUUCUUAAAAGUCCAAAUUCGGGCAGAUCAGAAUUAACAUCACACACAAAUAAUGACUUUUCCCGUAUGUAUUUGUUGCCAUUUAGAUUAAUCCAUUUUACAGACACAGCAUGGUUAACCUCAUCAUUUCCAAGGAAGGCUCUUGUUUUUUCUUUUAAGUAUGACAUGUUUGUUAUUUCUGAUUUUGGUCCCAAUGUGCAAUCAUUUGAAAAAAUGGGGUGUUCAGAACUACUUACAUUCUGACAACAUUCAUACAUUUGAUUAUGCCUUAUUAAGGAUUUGCAAACAUUUUUAAAGUUUAGUUUUGAAGCCCACUGUUUAAAAAAGCAAUGCUUUGAUUCAAAUCUCAUGCACAUAUGACGAACCAUUGGUCCCAGUUGCUUAAUCUGAGAUGGCACAUGAAUCAAAUAAUGUUGCUUUGGAGUGAUGUUGUUAUCUGGGAAAAGGUUCUUCAUGUGUUUUAGGUGCUGUUCAAUAAGUGAUUUUAAUGUGUUGAUAGUCUGUACACUAAUAACAGGAGCAAACAAAAUAUGAACUAUCUCUAUCAGCUCAAGAAUGACUGUGUGGUACUCACUACCUUUUACUGCAUCAAUUAAAAAUGGCAGAAUUUUAAGAAGAACAAGCAUUUGGCCCGAGGACUGCUUUAAUUUAUUGUCAUUGGAUGCUAAUGUGCUGUAGCUUAUAGGGCUUGGUUUAUCUCUGACAUCAUGUGGAGAAUAGGGAAAUGCAAGUAAUGCACCAUUGAAAAUAUCCAAGUCAAGUUGCCCUAAAAGUACUAAGUGUUUCAUCACACACUUUAUUUCUAAUGGGGCAAUGCCUUCCAGUAUUACGUGCAUGAUGUCUUGUGGUGUUUGUUGGAUCAAGUUAAAAGCCGGGAAUUCUACUAGUUUACUCCUUCUGUUGAUCCCAAAUGUAGUUUUUAAACUGUUUCUAAGACACUCCGUAUUGGCCUUCUCAAUAUCACUACACUGCCGCAUAUGUCUCUCUAUUGUUCUUUCUUCAAAGUAAUCCUCAUCAAAAUACAAUUGCAUGUCCUCAAAUGUACAUUCACAUUGCCUACAUUUCUUGAAAGCAAAACCAACACCUUCUUUAAAACCACAAAGCUCAUGCUGAGCUAAAGUGUCCCCACAAAUCGAAAAUAAUGCUCCAUAUAUUUCACGUUCACCAUUCCCAAUUUGAAUUCUAACACCUUCAUAAAGCCUUACCAGGUCCUCUUGAAGCCGUCCCAAAAUUGCAUCAACUCCACAUUCAGACAGUUGGCUCUUCCUUGCAAUGGCGAGUAGGCGAAUCGAAGCCAGUUUUGAUCGAUAUUUUGGAUUAAUGUUUCCAAGUGUAUAGUAAAACAUUACCAACUUAUUCUUGGAAGCAUGAGACCCAAGCGGAUUGCAAAGUUCAAUGUCAUCAGAGUAAAGGAUUAUUUGUAAGGCAGAGGGCCGGGCAGAAAAUAAGGGGUGUGAUUUCACGAAUUCACCAUCUGUAAUGUCAUACAAAUAGCCACUUCUGUAUUUCUGUGGCUCAUCUAUCAUUGACAGGACUUUUGGAUGGGACAAUAAUUGUUCCAGACUUUUGAUCAGAGGAACAUAGUGAAAACAUUUGGGUCUGGUAGAGAGGACUCUUUUUGCUCCUUUUUUAAGAAAGCAAGCAGUAUACCCAACAAUAACUUCCUCUGACUCUACAAAAUGGAAAUGAUCCUUAAUCACACAGUCCUGCCUGUACGUUGUUGAAACAGAGGCAAACGGAUCUUCCAACUGGUCAAAUACUGCCAGAGCCUCCUUUUCAAGUUCACUUCCCUGAUGUUGAUGGAAUACUCUUUGUAGCCGACUCCUCAGAUUGGUCACCAACAAAGCUUGGUACUGUUGCAUUGCUGCCACAACAUCAUUCACACCAGUCUGAAAAACAGGGCCAAAAGGACAGAUGCAAAUUACAUUACAUCAGAAUAGUCCAAUGUAAAACAUUUUCAUUUUGUACUAGCCUUUAGGGCCAGAUAUUGCACCACCCUUUCAAUGAGCAAUUUUAGAGGAACGUAAACUACAAUAUUUAUUUUUUAAAAAGGGGAAACAAUUCACUCAUCAAUUGAAUGAUGGGGCAAUUAAACAUAAUGCCAAAUACAUGUCUAAUUUAAUAUGCAAAAUCUAAUUUGUGUUGGGCAAAAGAAAAUGCACAUGUUUAAAAAAUAAAACAUUACAGAGAUGUCCGUUGUAUUACAGUAAAAAGAAGCUGCAAAGGGAACAGACUAAAUGCACAGCAAAACUGAAAAAAUUAUCAAUGCAGAUGAACUACCCUUGAGAGAGGCUAUAAUUAAUUUUGAGAGGUAAGCUUUAUAGCAAGAGCACUCCAGGCUUUGACAGUUGAUAGACAAAUGUAAAUAUUAUUUAAUGAUCAGAUUUGAGAUUGCAGAGGAUCACCAAAGACUAAAUUAUGUUAAUGUUGCAUGCGGACAGACCUGCGAAAGAUGGUGUCUUUCUCUUGCACUCAACACAAUAGCAGUAGCUUGUCUGGUCAGAAUGUCCUGGCAGGAGGCAUCCUUAAAAAAGAACAGUCAAAUCAGAUGCGUCUAAUAUGUUCAAGCAUCUUUUGGUCAAAUGUGUGAGGAAAUGAACCUGCUAUAAUCGCAGUAUUGGCAGAUUGUAUGGGAGCAGGGGGCUGCUAGGGCCAACUACAGUUCAAGAUCAAAUAUGAACUACUGACCAUGACCAACAACAAUAUACCCAGAAAAAUCAAAUGACAAGAAGAUACAUGGAGCAUUAGAAAAGAUUGUUAUUGUGUGCUAAAGAAAAAUAUUUACAUGCAUACCUCAGAUUGGUGUGAUUUAGAGGGGCCAUCUGCAGGCUCACUUGGCAAAUCUGGUAUGUUCAAAGCUGUUUGUAUAGUACAGUCACAUGUCUGGGACAUAGUAGGGUGCCGUGGAGAGGUGAGUUUGCUGUUGUCAAAGCCAGAGUACAAUGACACUGAAUUGUCAAAAGCCCCAAAAUGCUCGCCGAUGACAGGAUCAGGACAGGGUUGCUCUCUGUUCUCCACCAUUGCAUCCUCCGUUGGUCGCUCUACGUUAUCCACCACAUUUUCUGCUGGACUCUCUCGGUUUUCCACCAUUGCAUUAGUUGGCCUGUAUUUGUGGACAUGAAAAUAUUAGAAGAGCAGGGGCCCAAACUUAUAAAAGUCUUUGUGCAUCAAAAUACUUUUGCUACAUUAGAAUAAUGAAAGGUAUCGGUUUUAAAAAUAACUGAGGAAAGGGUUGGAUCAAACAUUACAACAACUCACAUCAUAUAUGCCCAUAGCCUACUGCAACUUUGACAUCAUGCAUUUAAGGCAGUAUUUCAAAAACAUUGGUAAAUCAUUAGUUCCGGUGUUCUGUCGAUCUAUGCUGCCUUGUCGAAAAAUGCUACCGUAGCGCAAAUCGAUGGUAGGGUCUAUCGAGUCGCGCUUCCCUAUCAAAAUAAUGAAUUAUUAUGUGUUCCCAUUUCGAAUUGUGCAGGCAGGCUGAAUCCCAUAGAGGCAUAACUCUAACAGUAUUGACAUCAUAUGCUUAUUUGACAAUAUUUUGAUACUUUAUUGAAUAUUUCAGUGGUGGCGUAUUCUGAUAGACAAAUAUACCCUAUCAAAUAAUGCUCCCCCAACACAAUCAUUAUAUAUUGCACCACUACUCACUCCAUGUGCACUGUCAGGAGAUAAGGAGCAUAUUUUGAUAUUCUAUUAAUGUAUAUUUAUUGAAUAUUUCAGUGUUUUUACCGCAUGUCCGACCUGCUAGGUUGCAUAGAUUUAUGGGCGGGGAAUCAGACCACAAUUGUGCAUGCGCAGAACCGAUAGGUAGCAUAGAUCGACAGAACACCGGAAAUAACCUUGCUCUUUUUCAGUGUUAAGUGCAAUAUAUUAUAGCACUUAACGUUAAAACAUCCACGAGUCAAACUUGUAAAGCAUUCCCCGUAUACUGGCACGCCUUUGGGGCGGCAUUGAAUCAUUAUUAAAUUAAAAUUACAUAUUAUUGAGCAAUGCGCGCCUCACCAAUUGAAAACCGCUCACUUAAGUAACGCAUAGUGAUUUACCUAUAUGCCCACACGUUGUUAGUGUUUAAAUCCAUCGCUGAUGUGCGGUCCAGUCUCGAGGUGUCCAUCCUUCUUCCUCCCCUUGAGUUUUCUUCGAAUAUGAUACCAAAGUGAGUUGUAGACACGAUAUUCUUUGCUACAACCAUCGAUUCCACAAACGACACGGAAAUCUGGACUACGACUAUGAGCCGAAUUGAUAUGACUCAAUAAAGAUUUGAGGGUUAGACCCACAAAAACAAAGCAGAUAACGCAACGCCAAAUCAUGAUUUUCUAGUUUAGCUAGCUAAGCUAGCUGGCUUGUUGACGCAGAUAAACAACCCUGUUCCCACUUCCCAAACACGCACAGGUCUGGGUAACGCCAAAGCGUAGCGUCCCCUUGGGGCGACCUGUUUGAUUUAUCACAUAUACUCAUCAAGGGAAAGUGUCUAUAAAUAUGUGUCUCAUAAGAGCAGCAACCAGUCAUUAAUCAAUGAUCUCAUACAUUGGGCUUAAUAUUGAUUAUAUUUUAGUAAAAAUAAUUUUUAUUAGGAAAACGGGGCAAACUUAAGCUGUUUCGGCCGACCGCACCCCUGGCCCUACCCUGAAAAUGGUAUAUUCCAAAUGUGGUCGCGCCAUUGUGUAGAGAAUUGGGCGCGCAGCGUUUAACGGCAGUCUUUGGAUUUCCAAUGCAGCUACAUUUUGUUUGCUGCAGGAGUUUUAGGAAUUGCGGUUGAGCUAAUGGAUCAACUGGACGAGGUUGCACUUGCUACACUAAGAGGUAAGAUAUAUUAAAUCAUCUUUUCCUAAAACUCGUUUUUAUUUUUGAACCUACCUUGCUAUGUUGGCCUGUGUGCUAAAACCCAUGUUAGCUAGCUAGCAUGGCUGAAGAUAUUCUUAUUAGGGAUGGCCCGAUACCAUUUUUUUUCCAAACCGAUACGAGUAUGUGUAUUUACAUUUGUGUACUUGCCGGUACCGAUACUUUCGGUAACAUAGUGCGCGCUGGCUGUCACCCGGCGGGCCGCGAGUUUCACGUAUGUGAAAAGCACUUGCGGGCCACAUAAAAUGACUUGGCGGGCCGGAUUUGGCUGUGAGUUUGACACAUGUGUUUUAAACUAUCAAUCUGAUUAAUUUCGAGAUGCAUUUUUUUACAAUAAGAUGCGUUAUCUGGAGCGAGGGGCGCCCGCUCAUUUAAAUCCGCUCGAACCAACUUUCGGUGGAGCGACGCGGUGCACCGGCGAGGGGGAAGAGCCACCUGGGACACGGCAGGAAACGGCUGCACCCGGCGUGCGGAGGGUCCGGGCCGGCCUGAUUAUUUAAAAUCUUUCACAUCGUCCGGCGCUCGUCCAGGAUGCGCUUAAGCACCUGUUCACACGUAACCCCCCCCCCUAAAAACAUUUUCUCAUCGAAUCUACACGAUUCAUGUAGGUCACCUAUUUUGUUUUCAAAACGGCGAUUGAGCCCAAACCGCCGCAUUUCAACUCAAAAUAGGUAAUGUACGUGAAUCGUGUAGAUACGGUACAGGUGUCUUAACGGUCGUUAUCUACCGGACCGAAUAGCAACUCUGAUAUUAAUAUAGCUUUAAUAAAUAUACCAUAUAUAAAAACAUUUUUGUGUUAGCACUGGGAAAAUGUUGACUGGAGCAAAAUCAAAUCAAAUUUGCCCAUAAUUGAAAAGCUCAGUAUUCAGUAUCUUGGCACUAACUGUAUAUUUUUCUAUAGCUGCCAGGAUUGGUGAAGACUUACUGCCUUCCCUCUCUCGAGAUGAAAUCAACGAUCUGUUUCCUGGUCCUGAAAACUUUCACAGGCGGCGGGCAAUAUGGCUUGCUGUAAAUAAAGAUAAAAAGGUCAGUUCUAUGUUAUGCACAUUAAUUUAAGCUAUGAUCAAAUGUAGUAUGGCCUACAGUGCAUCCAAGUGCGUCCAUACAUCUAUGUGACACCAUCAAUUUAUGAAUCUUUUCAUUUUAAAAUGUAUUAGCCAAAACGUUUAGUCAGUUUAACAAUAGUGUAAGUCCUUCAGCUUGAUCUUUGUUUUUUCAGGGCUUUUGCAGAAAUAAGUACAUAGAUUUGCUGUUAUAUAACAGUUUAGUGCUAUUGCACAAGGGUGUCGUUGGGCUUUACAUUUUGGAUGGGCCAAAGAGCAAAACUAAUUGUGUGGUAAUAUAUUAUGACAGAAAGUUAUCCUAUGAAAUAUCUAAAUGUAAAUGUAUUUUAGGUGGAGACUGCUGCGGAACUACCACUGCCAUCAGUGACUGGAGGCAGUAGUCUUUCACAAGAAGAGCCCAAAAUUUCUAAGUUUGUGGUUAUGUCCAGCCCGGAAUUCAUAGUUUACACAGACAGUGAACUUGAACAGGUGCGACGUGCCUACUUUGAGCAGAAACGGAUGGGGACUGAGAACAUUGUGGAGUUAUCUAAGGAGCUCUUCUGCCGGCUCAUAAGAAACACCAUGUGUAAUAUGAUCGCAAUUGCAAGAGCUACAGAAGAUGCCAGAUAUCCCACCAAACCAGAGGUCAAUGCCAUGGCAAAGCGGUUGGUGGAGUAUUAUCCGAUGGUACAACACUGGGAGUAUGUUGCCAAAAAGCUCAUGAAGAGGCUUUCAAAUGUAAAAAGCCCAAAGAAGGCUGUUCCUCCUGCAAAGAAACAACGGCAGGAAAUCGAGGAAAUGACAACGAGUGACUACGACGGGGAUUCGAGUGCUUCUACGGUCAUUCUUCAGCAGUCCCCAGUCAGAGCCAGCACCCCAGUUCAACACCUGAAUAACAGUGGUUCGGGCGACGUCCUAGACAGCCAGAAAACCCAGGCAAGGCACUACACGACACUGCAACAGAUGUGCCGGUCCAACAAGCCAAACAAAGCUUCAGUAACCCAUUUGCUGAACUUGGAGUUUGAGUCAAGAAGACUCUUCAUAACCUCUGACACUCUAAAGGAGCAAGACCGACCCAGCAAGAUUCUGGAGGCCUAUUCUUGUUUCAAAGACUUGGAUCAUGUCUUAGAUGAGUUGCAAAGGAUAAUACAGCCAAACAAUGCCCACUACGUCUCAGAAAUGAGGAAUAGAUGGAACGACUUUUUUUCAAAGGUCCAAUUUUAUGGGGUGAUGAAAAAAGUGAUGAAGCCCCCUAAAACAUUGGAUGGAGUGGAACAUGCCACUGCUGUUUUCAGAGCCCUGCCACUGCUCUUUCCAUCCAGCACUUUGCCACCGAAGAAGCUAGGCGCAUGCAGCGACGCGGUUUUCCAUGUCCUUACGGCUUCAGAGAACCCAGACACGUACUUGAGCAAGCGGCCCGUGGCUUGUCCAGUUAUGCUCGUCUGUGGGGAUAACUGCAUGAUUGCAAUUGGAAACACACCAGUGACCACCUUUGACAGGAAGAAGUUUGAUGAAGGCCUCCUUUACCUUUUGGGGUAUUAUUAUUGUCUGCACCUCACUUAUCCAAAGUUCAUUUCCACCAUGCUCUCAGUAUUGCAAACUGAGGUUCUCCAGGACUCCCUGCAUGACCAAGAUUCAACUGCUUCCUACAAAAAAGCCAUUGCCGAGUGGAGGGCCUUCAUUGAGUGAUUGACUAUCUCCAACAUUUCUUUUCAGUUUGAGAGUCAGACUCGUUAGCCGCGUUUGUUGAUGUCAUUGGACGUCCUUUAAUGAGUAAGUGCAUUACUCUGAGAAAAUUGUUUCUGUUCGAGGAAAAAUAUGUUGCUGUCAGUAUUCCAGCUGAAACGUUUUAUUUUUAUUCUAACUGAAAAUAUGCAGGUAUUCCAGCCUCAGAACAAAGUACUUGGUAUUGGUGUGAUGGUCCUGGACUCAGUGAGGGGAUUGAUGGAUGCAACACAUGUUGUUGAGUGAGAAAGAACUGCAUUAAAGAAGUAAAUGCUAAAACAAGAUGCUUCUGUUGACUUAAUUUGAGACUAUCGAACUUGGUUUCAUUGUGCUGUUUUAAUAUAUUGUCAUAAACUUUUUUUUGGCAAGUUAUUAACCUUACUUCAAGGUAUUAUUUCUUAAAGUCAGCUAAA